UAUUGCAUCUUGCAUCGAUGACGUUAAUCUCUUCUUGCAGGUUAGAAGCGAGUUAAGGUUAUUCCUAACCGCAAUCUCUUGAUCCCUGCGGAGAGAAUAAACCGGAGCAGCUCCAGUCGGACUUAUCGUCCUCGAUAUCUAGAAGAGUAUCAACAAUUUAAUCAUGAUAGUGAAAUAUCUCACAUAAAAAGAGAUUAGAAAAAGUUUUAGUAGGAGGAAAAAGGUAGAAUUGUGUCUAACAGAUACAUAUAUUAUAAAAGAGGAAAAGUUAAUCAGUUAAUUAAAGAUAGAAGAGUUAAUCGAGAUCGUAGCGCGAUCGAGAAAUGACGCCAAAGAUUCCGUUCCGCGGGGCAAGCCAGUUAUUGCACGGCAAGCUGAACCUGCUGAGUCCUAGGUACAAUCCUAACGGUGCUUGUAAUGUCGCAUCCAUGUCCACGUUGCCACCUGACAGCCCGAUGAACGUCUUCGACAGGAACGCGAAGCUGUUGCAGCGAGAACGCGCCGCCAAGGACACCAACGUCCAGCUGUAUGACUACAUUAAGGACGAGGUGGGCGACAGGCUGGCCGAUCGAAUAUUCGAUAUCAAACGAAAGUUCGGUAGGGCCCUCGAUCUGGGAUGUGGCCGGGGUCACGUGUCCAAGCGGAUUCUCAACGAGUCGGUGGAGGAGCUGGUGCUGGCCGACAUGAGUCCGGGUUUCCUGCGGCAGGCCGAGACCACGGAGGGUGUGAAAGUCAAGAGAGAAGUCAUCGACGAGGAGAAUCUGUCCUUCGAGCCGGACAGUUUCGACUUGGUGAUCAGUUGUCUGAGUCUUCACUGGGUCAACGAUCUUCCCGGAUGCUUCAGACGUAUCAACAGCAGUCUGAAGAACGACGGAGUCUUCCUGGCGGCUGUAUUUGGCGGCGAUACGCUUUACGAGUUGAGAAGUUCCUUGCAAUUAGCUGAAUUCGAGAGGCACGGUGGAAUCUCGCCGCACAUCUCGCCAUUCGUGGAAAUCAGGGAUAUCGGGUCUCUACUAACGAGAGCGAAUUUUACUAUGUUGACUAUUGAUACCGACGAGAUAGUCAUCGGUUACCCGAGCAUGUUCGAGCUUAUGUGGGAUCUGAAAGGAAUGGCCGAGAACAAUGCGGCCAGGAAUCGUAAUUUGCAUUUACCGAGGGAUACGUUGAUCGCCGCUGCUUCUAUAUACAAGCAGCUUUACGGAAAGACGAGGGAAGAUAGCACCGCAUUCGUUCCCGCCACGUUUCAGAUAAUGUACAUGUUAGGAUGGAAACCGGACGCAUCUCAACCGAGGCCUCUCGAGAGGGGUACGGGACAGGUGUCGCUCAAGGACUUGUACAGGCUCGAUCAGAUAAUCAAAGACAGCAAGAAGAUAAAACUGGACGACGAUGACAAAUAGCCUGUAUUAAAUAGCCUUUAUUUGAACAAUGUAAAUACUCUAUACCGUGUGUAAAAACUUAACGUACUGUAUAAAUUCUUCUUUCCGAGCGGUAGGCAUAAAAAAUAACUUAUUCAA